ACACGUUGUUUAUUGUGCGAGAUAUAUGACGGUAUAAGAUAGCAAUGGCUAAUCAAUCGCAACUAAUGACUACUGAACGCUACUUCUUCGCUGUUCUUAAUAGUACGCUUCCUUUAAACAAGAUGGCUGCCCAGGGCCAACCUGAAAACCAAAUAGGUGGGUAUAUGCCGCCAGCAUUUCCAUACAGUAACGGCUACGAUCGUGAAACUGCAAUUCUGGAUUCUCAUUCUUUCAAAGCGCAAAGUCCUUCCAUGGAAGAUAUGCUUAAAGAGGCUACUGACAUGCAAACGGGGCGAACAUUUAAUAGUUCCCGACUGCAGGUUCAGUCUGAUGAAAAUUCGUCACCUUUUCAACACCAUGUUCCUACUAAUAUUUCAGCUACUCCAAACACACUUCAGACUGGGCAAUCAAGUCACAUUAAUCAGCCAGGUGCUUAUGGAAACCAACCAGUGGGAUAUGGAAAUCAAAACCCAGCUGGUACACAACUAGUGAAAGGUGUUGAUGCCAGUGCUAAAAUGGACGCACUUAAAAAAUGGACUGUUUCGACUUUCAAAUACACAAAGCAAAUGGUCUCAGAGAAAAUGGGUAGGCGAACAAGAACUGUUGAUACAGAACUAGAAAAGCAUAUACAGAGCUUAAGAGAGACUCAGUUGAGGUACAACAACUUGUUAAAGUUAGCGAAACAGUUUUCUUUGCAAUUUCAAAACAUACUUGUCACACAAAAGUUGCUAGGAGAAGCUUUUACAGAAUUAAGCGUCAAGUCUCCAGAUUUGCAAGAAGAAUAUAGCCAAAAUGCAGAUUUGCAAAAAGUUAUUUCGAAAAGUGGAGACACUCUCAUAUCUGCUCUCACCUUCUUCACGGAAAAUUUACAAACACUGGCUACGAAAACUAUCGACGACACAAUAAUUACGAUUCGCGAAUAUGAAAGUGCUCGAAUCGAGUAUGAUGCAUACCGAACAGAUUUGGAAGCAUAUGAAGCACAAGGACAGUCGAUGAAAACCGAAGAAGCUCGAAGAGAAUUUGUAGUGCAAAAAGAUAAAUUUGAAAAGUUACGUAAUAACCUCCAAAUCAAAAUGAAGUUUUUAGAAGAAAAUAAGGUAAAAGUGAUGCGAAAACAAUUACUAAUACUACACAACGCGAUGGCUGCAUAUUUUUCAGGAAAUAAAGAGGAAUUAGAAAAGACAAUGAAGGAAUUUAGCGUCCGAGUUAUGAGUAAAGGUGAAGGAACGUCGUUUUUAGAAACACAUUAAAAGCAACAGAGAUUGUUUAAUUUAUUUAAAAAAAAUAUAGAACAUACUUGCUCUGCAAUAAAUCGAUGCUUUGAAAUAACAUUUUAAAUUCAAAUUAAAACUUCUACCAAAGUGGAACAUAUAGGGUAAAUAAAUAUAUUUUAGUAUAAAAUCUUCUUGGUUAAUAUUUGCAGCUUUGCACCUUACGCUUUAUGUAUGCCAUUUUGUGUAAAGCAGUUAGAGUUUUUUUAAACAAUUUUUUAUGAUCACGGUAAAAUUAGUGUUGUAAAUUUUUCUUUCUGUUGCUGACAAAUAAACACAAUCUGUACAUUGUAAA